UUCCUCGGUUAAGUCAGUCUGCCGGCGUAUUUAUUAAUGAAUGUACCAAGUGUGGUCCACAUAAUUUCAGUAAAAUCAUAACCUUAAAUCCGCGUAUUCUCCCGGAGUUUUACUUCGGCGGUACCGUUCCGGGCUAAACGAAUUUUUCGUCCUAAUAUGUGAUACGUUCGCGGUGUGCGGUUAUCUCACGUCUUCGGUAUACGAUAGUGCGAAGUUCGCAUUCCCAUGCCAGUUUACUAAUAAAUAGACUUUGUUUACCCAGGAAGCAACAUGCACGGAUUUUUUACACUUUGGCUGCUCUUCCAUCUCGGAUUCAAAUUAGGUCUUGCAGCUCCUUUCAUCGAAGACUGUCCUCAUGAUAGUAAACUAGACGAAGAUCACUGCAUUUGCAAUCCAGAAUCGUGCGUGAAACCUCCAUGUCUAACGGAAUUAGAAGUGCAUAAAAAAGGAACAGAUGAACCCGGAUCAUGUUGCCCUAUAUACUCUUGUAUAGGUUGCAAAAAUGAGACUCUGUUAGAAGGUAAAUGUCCCUGUGCUCCUGGUGCCGUCCUUAAUGAAAAAGGAAUUUGCAAGUGCAUAGACAAAGAACGGCAUCUAGUAAAUGGAGAAUGUGUAUGCAAUCCUCAGCAGUGUGAGCUGCCGAAGAUCUGCGACAGGAAAUCGCUUCUAACAACAAUUGAAGACGGUUGUUGUCGAAAAACACGAUGUGUUCCUUGUCCUCAAGACAGCGAAUCCACCAACUUAGACACUGACGAGCUAGAAGACCACUGUGUCUGUUUACCUUGCAUGAACGAUUGUGGUUUUAACAAAACUGUGGUUGUGAAGAAGAAAGGCACCGGAUUUCCUGGGAACUGCUGUGAUCUGUAUGAAUGUAAGCCUAUUGUAGACGAAAAAGACAAGGACUGUGUGGUAGGAGAUAUAAUUUACGAAAAUGGAGAAGAGUGGUCGACAGACGAUAAACAACAGUGUCGAUGCAAAAAUGGCAUUUCGUUGUGUGCGAAAAAGGCGGAAGAGGCAGUGCUGCAAAAUUGCUUCGAUGAAGCAGUGAUGUACAAGCACAACGAAACCUGGUUGAAAGAUCGGGGCUGUACAUUUUGCACAUGUUUAAAUGGUGAACCCGUAUGCAUAAGCCACUAUUGCGACGUAAAAGAAAGCCAAAUCAAAGAAAACAAUUCAGCUCCAUGCUUUAGAGACACGAAGAUGUUUGCCCAUCUUCACAGUUGGACGGAAGAAAACGAAUGUACCGUAUGCACUUGCUACAAUGGUGAAGAAAAAUGUAACUCAAAGCCUUGCGGAGAAAAGGAAAUAUCAAAUAUAGGUGAGUGCCUACCGCUAAUCAACUGCAAUAAGCCAUGUCCUAACGGCUUGCGAUUGAACAAGUUGGGCUGCGAAAUAUGUAAAUGUAAGCCAGCCAGAGUCAAAUCAGAACUGCUCAGCAAAUAUAACAUCACGUACAGCGAGCUUCUUAAUCUGUUAGAGGACUACAGCAAAAGUAAAACGGCUGCUACUAGCACUAGCAUAAUAAGCACGAUCAUUACCACCACACUUGCUACUAGCACAGAAAAAAAUUCAGCCAUGCCGACUGUUCUUAUUAUUAGACGGGAUGGAACCGAUGACAAAAAUUCAGGAACGAUGAUUACUCCUGCUUUUUCCCCCAAGGAUGGUUCAACUUGCUGGAUAACUCUAUCCAUUUUGGUCGUGUUCAUUUUAGUGAUCGUGGUAAUUGGUAUAAUAUUUUGCUUCUAUAAAAACAAGAAAAAAUACAGUGUGACCCCAUCGCGUGGAAGCUACCAUUCUGUCCUUAGUCCCACCAGCGAAAACAACAACACGAUAAAAAAGGAUUCGAUUCGAUUUGACAACGAGUGAAGAUUCAAUAUCUUGUAACAGAUAACAUAGAGUAGGUUUAUUCUUUUGUGAUAUUUUGCUUUGCGCAAACACGUUUACAGUAUCUACGUUUAAACGAGCACUAAAUGUAUUCAAAGGACUGCAGCUUUUCAAAAUCUGUUAUCCCCUUAUCUUGAUACUUUUUAUUAAACUUUAUAGCCCCUGCUUCAAAUUUCGAGCGAAUACAUUUCAUGCUCUUUGAGUUGUUGAAAAUAUAGUUUAUAUAAGAAAUAUAAAAGUAUAUAAUUCUAGGUACACAUCCAUGCGAAAAAUGUGAAAUGCUAUAAUGGGUGCACAUACAUACGGAUGUUUUAUCUCGUUUUCUAAUGAUGUGAUAAAAAUAACACAAAAAGUUGAGAAUUAUUUUACGAACAGUGUAUAAAAGAUUGAAACACAUUUUUGAACUGGAAACAAUGCAAUAUUGUUUGUGAUAUAAUUUGACCUUUUCGUCAAUCCGCAUGUCGCUAGUGAAAAAUGAUUAUCCUAAUUCGGAAAGCAGGGUUUCAGUUCACCGAUACUUUUAUGUAUAUGUUUCUUCCUAACUAACGAUUAUUUAACAUGUUAAAGCGAAUUUCGCAGCAAAUUAUCAAACGAAAAACGAAAAAAAAAACAUGACAGAAUUUGAAUUUCAAGAUCUCAAAAAGUUUAACAUUUCUACUUUAUUCGGAUUAAUUUUUUUAGUUAGAUUUGUAGAAUGUUAAUUUAAGUGUAUAGUUGGCAAAUAUAGUGGUUAUUUUAUAAAUAUUGAAUACGUUUAAGAUUAGCUACUAUCUCAAUGAAUGCAUGUGUUGCAGAACUAUAAAAAUCAUUGAAACCGGUACUUUCUUAAAAUAGUACUGGCUAAUUGUUGCUUUUUACUAUUUAAAACACGGGAAUUUUUUAGCUACUUUUCAACUAAAUUCUGCUAAUUUGCUUCAAAAACUUUGGAUUCUACUGCUCAUUUUCAUAGAACAAACCGUUAAUUCCAAAGGAGUUAGAAAGUUCCAAAUUCGGUAAGUUUAGAGUGUUGUUCCUAUGAUUAAGACUUUAAUAUUUUUUAAAUAUGAUAUAUAAUAUGUAACUUAUUUUUGUUAGAGUUAAGAUUCAUGUGGAAAUGCCUCUAAUCCAGACUAAAUACAAAAAAGUCAAUUGCCAAAGCAGUAACUUUUGCACUUGGUCUGGUUCGGGCUCUCAGUAUUUCAUAAGUAUUUCGCGACUUUGUUUUCUAUUUAACAACGGUCUCCCACACUAUUCGACGUUCUAACACGAGUGAUGCUAAAAGAACACUAAUUCCAUGUAAUGUUAUUCUAUUGAUCGUUGUAUUGAACCCAAGAGUAUGUUGUUAAUAAAUAUUAAAGUGUACAUAUAUAAUUACGUUAAUUAGGUAUAAGGUUAAAAAGUGAUUUUCUAGUUUGUUAAUGCUAUCCUAUCGCAUCAGUUUUUUUUAAUUUUUUUGCAUUUAUAUCGAGAAUUAGGAUUUGGAAAUUGAGUUUUCACGUGCAUACAGAAAAUUGCUGUCAUGUACCGGGUGAUUGAGCGAUGCAGAAAAGUCGCCAGCUGCAUCUUAGGACCCGUUAAUAUCAAGGUUCAUUAGAUAAGUGGUGAAAAAGACGAAGUGUUAAAAAAGGAUCUUUUUGAUAUGCCGGUUGCUGAAGCAGCAAAAUAACUUUACGAACCAUAUUUUCUUCUUGGCUUUUAUUAUAAAUAAUUUUUAAUUAUGAGCCUUGGAAAAAAUGCUUUUCCUGCAGACUAAAUUAAGUUAACUAAUAAUAUUAGAAGAUCUGUUGUCAAGAGCGAGGUAAGAUGUGAUUUUUGCUUUUUAUCUACUAGUUUGGCGUAUAAUUAAUUAAUGUAUAUUUAGUUUCCAUUAUACAUCAGUUUUCAACAAAAUUUCAUCGACAACAUUUAUGAAGACACUGUAGGUAAGUGAAAGCUGGGAAAAUUGAUCUUCGAACUUUUUGAAUUGUUCAAGUAAUUAAGCUCGAACGAGUCCUACAUUUUCAUUCACAUACGAAAUAUCUGUGAUUUUUUAUUUAAAAAAGACUUGGCGGUUUUUCUACAUUUUUGCUAUUAACAGCAUGAUGAAAAUGAAAAAUUUGAUUAUUUGAAUGAGGCAAAUCGAAGAAUCUGUUCGAAGAAUAUUUCUGUUGAUCCAAAAUUCUUCACCUCCAACCUUUAAUAAAUCUCGAAUCAUUAUCUCCAAACUUUAAUAAAGAAAAUGACAAUUUUCAGCUAUAAAAUAAAUCAAACUUUUCGAGAAAAUCAAUUAAUUCGCUUUUUCACCUUUUUAGUUCCAAGUCCAGGUUUCUGAGAUACACUGAUCGAUUUAUCUGCAUGAUUCGCCCGAUAAUUUCUUAAUCCUACGCUUUCGCAAUCCUGAAGUUGCAAUGAUUCAAUGAACUAAGCCAGAUUUAACAACGUUAAAACUAGUAGUUUAAUAAAUAGGUCUUGAUAUAAUCUAUAAUGUAGAUUUAGGCGUAUUAUAAUGAUUAUUGUACAUAUGUUCAGUUAGUUCAACGUUAAUGUUACUAUAAAAAAUAAAAUAUAAAAAGAAAGUAGCUUCAA